AUCGUACACAAACAAACCACAUGACCUUACCACACAAAUGCCCUGUGACACAUGUCGAUUAGUUAGCGUCCCAAAACUCUCUUUUGUAUUCUUUCUCUUUUUUGCCACGCAGGCUUACUCAUGAGUAAGUUGACACAGACGCCUCCCCUCAUCAGUCUGAAUCCAGGACCAAUCGGACCAUUACAAGUCCGUGUUCAUGAGCCAUUCCGUCAACGUCAAGGGUUGAAAAAAACGCGUGCUGUGUUAAAUGUGCUCGAUCUUUUUGGUCGACUGGAACUGAUUUUGAAAAAGCAACAACAUAUGCAGCGAUUUCAACCGCCCACAGAACAAGCUCAGAGUUUAGAAAAGCUCGAUGCAGAACCACAAGAAAACGACUACAUACAAGAAAUGAAAUUGGCAGCAUUGUAUCCACUUGCUACACAGCACUUGAAAUGCACGACACCUACAGAAAGAGCCCAGCGGUCUAUCGUCGGUGCUGAUAUUUAUUCACAUUACCAUCAAAUGGCAUUGUAUGAUCAACUGUAUGCCAUUGCCGCUCGAUUGUAUCGCAGCCUGAACCUCCCUGACCAUCACUAUAUACCCUACCAACUGGCGGUUGCAUUUCAAUGCAUCACGCAGUUGGGCAUGUACUAUACCGAAUUUCGCGAACGUAUCCAACGCCGCUUCGAAGAGAUAAAAUCAACACUAUCGAAAGAAACUCCUACCCUUAACGAAGAACAAGUCCUCUGGUUGAAAAAGCUUACAAAGGAUCUGAUGGUCCAAGUGCUCUAUGGUAAAAACAAUACUGAUCCCACCAAAUCCAAUCGCCACACCUUGUUGACGGAAGCCAUGGUCCAAACUCAAAAAAUCAGUCAAAGGGCGGCAGCAAGUCCUGUUGUAUAAAAGGAAAAAAGAAAUGCGGCACCAAGGAUCAGGAGGGUGAUAACAAUGAGGAUAUAUGAUA